AAUGCUGUAUUUUCCCCGCAAAUGUGGCUACUUUACUGCGUCUCCUGAUUUCACAGUACUUCUUUGAUUUCGGGCAGCUGUGGAGCGAGCACAAGGGGGAAAACUGUCAUGCAGGUCUUUCGUCGAGACAUUCUAUUCAUCAUGACCAUGUUCUUUCUUCUGUCUCCAUUUGCACAACAACCUAUCUGCGUACUUGCGGGACAGAUACUGAGUCGACGAGUAGUGGGGCAACAUCCAUCUGUUCCUCCAAGAGGUUCUGAACAACAUGGAGUGCCAGGAAUCCCAAGUCGUCCACCAUCACCACUGCUAGGACCCAAACGAAGACCUCCUGUUGUACAAGUUCCCUGGCGUCGACCAUCGCCACUGGUAUCAAAGAGAUGGAAAAGUGGAUACCACCCAGGAAGGCCACGUCCUCGACCGCGAUUUGUAGGACGCAGUCCAGGACCAUGGUAGAGGACUGUCCAGUGCGACACUACUCCACCGGGGAAUUGACAGCAAGCUUGAACGUCGUUGAGCGCAAGCACCAGAAGGCACAUCAGUUGUGAAGGCAUGAACCAUCAUAUUACAUAACCGCCGUAUCAAGCGAAAAGAGAACGCCACCGAAGCUAAGCGAAUAUAAACUGCAGCAAUAGCCAUCUUUUCAGGGUUGACCACGAGGCAACGUCUUAGGAUGCCAUUGGCGGAUGGACCUCGUCGUGUGUAGGGUUACCAACCGUCCCGGACUUCGCCGGGCUGUCCCGACGUUUCAUACGGCGUAUACGGCGUCCCGAGUCCCGCGCAGUCCCAGACAGCGCAGUUCUAUGUCCCGGAUUUGUUCCGCGACGUCUCCAUCCCGACGUGCCCGUCCCGCUACAGAACAGGAAAUUCGCACGAAUAGCAUGCACGAAGCAAUGUAGUAGUGGGUGCGAGGAGCUUUAGCCACUUUAGCUGAAGUUCCGCGUGAAGUGCGACAGCUUUUACGAGCAUAUUCUCUGGAAGAAUAAAUUGCAGCGAGCAGCACGUAGCCAGCUGAAGUACUACUUCAAGAGGCCACAACAGUAAAGAAAGAGUUGAUUUCUCUGGAAGGCACCGCAAAAAUAUAACAAAAACUAAUUUUGCUGGUUCUCUACUUUAGUGUAUGCCACCCCCACUCCCCGUCCCGACUCCCUUUAUUGAAGAUUGGGUAACCAUAGUCGUGUGUCGCAUCAUCACGCACGUAAAGAACAUCGAUUACAAUAUAAAGAGACAGUACGAAAAAAGUUAGCAAUCGCCUGUAUUAAGAAGACCACGAGAAAAUUGCCCUGGAAAUUGAGAUCGAUGUGACAAAAAUUCAUAUGAUUUUCGCAGCGGCUUGAAGUUUGAAUGAUUGCCUGCGCAUGUACGAAAUAGCUUGUUCAGUACCCCAUGAGUAUUGUUCGUCUGCUCCUCGGUACCAUUGUCUUAUUAAUAAAAUAUAGGAGUGAA